AUGGUUCCACAAGGUCAUCAGCCCAUCUGCUAUUCGGCUCAAACUACCCAAGUUGAUGAGAGUACAACCAACGGGGUCACCAGCACUUGGUGGACUAGGAGGAUUACGGACCAGAAGAGCGCAGCUGGGUCCCUGCCCGCCAGGAGCUGUAUCAGUCCCUUAUCUGUGACUUUCAUCGGCGGCACACUGGUCCUCCGGCUCGUGUGCCAGGCAGCGCCUGUUGAGGGGAGGGGUGAAAACUUGAGGAUUGUGAUGAUUGGUAAAACAGGAGUCGGAAAAAGUGCUUCUGCUAAUACCAUACUGGGCAGAAAUGCAUUUAAAUCUGCAGUGAGUGCACACUCUGUGACUACGAACUGUCAGCGGGAACACGCAAAUAUUGGGAGAAAUAUUGAAGUUGUUGAUACCCCCGGGAUCCUGGAUACAGCUAAAGACCCUGAAUUCAUAGGAAAAGAGUUAACCAAAUGCAUCCAUGUGACCUCUCCCGGCCCCCACGUCUUCCUGCUUGUCUUGCAGGUGGGAAGGUUUACAGAAGAAGAAGAAAACUCUGUGCAAGCCCUGCAGAAACUAUUUGGUCCUGAGAUAUCCCGAUACAUGAUUGUUUUAUUCACACGAGGAGACGAGCUUGGUGGAGUAACAAUACAGGAGUAUGUGAAAAAUGGUCAUCCAAAACUUCAAGAGGUAAUCAGGAGAUGUGGCGGCCGUUAUCAUGUGUUCAACAAUAAGAAAAUGCAUGAAAGACGUCAAGUGGUGCAACUGAUUAAGAUGAUCGACAACAUGGUGGCAAGCAACGGGGGCAAACACUAUAGUGAUGAGGUGUUUAAAGAGACAGAAAAAUGCUGCCAAAAACCACGAAGAAGCCACAAGAAGUGCGUUUGUGCAUCGCAACUUGAUUACAACCAUGGACACAGUGCAGCGGCACUCAAAAGUUUGGCUUAA